AUGGGAUUAUUCGCUUGGGACGCCCAUUCGGCUCUUUCGCUCUUUCAUUACCUCGCCACCCCCGCGGACGCCUGCUCGCGUUGUAAAGGACUCCAGAUUGAAUGCAAGGUUGAACCGUCUUUCACGCGUAUCUCCAAAAGAAGGCGAAAUGCUGAAAUGGAGCGCGAGAUCGCCGGGCUCCGUCGACGGCUUGCCACCAAUACCAAUCAUCAUGGCCACGCUGUCCAAGUUAACGUCGGUGAUGGGGUGUCCCAGCCUGCAGGGAGCGCGAUCUGGGACCCAGCAUCAGCAACGCUGAAUCAAGGGAAAGCUUUGUCUACCAGCAUCGGGACACAGGAAGAUAAUAUGUGGAGACUGGAAGAUGUCUCUCUAUCUAAGCCAAGAGUGGCACGACUAUUUGAGCAGUUUUUUCAAUAUUACCAUCCAUUUCUUCCACUUUUGGACCCUCAAAAACCACCAGAGCAUUAUCUCUGUCGCUGUCCAUUGCAAGCAUGGACGAUAAUUUGCGUCGCUAGCCGACGGGCUCCAGCAGAACCAGGCCUCCUCGGUGCACUUACUGGUCCGUUCACCAGACUGCUAUGGUCGACUAUCACCAGCGUGCCACAGGAUUACGCCGCUGUCAAGGCCCUCUGCCUUCUGUGCACCUGGCCCCUUCCUACAACUAGCCAGCGAAAGGAUGCUACAUUUAUGCUCUGCGGACUGAUGAUGCAGAUUUCUAUGCAGUUGGGAUUACAUCGCCCGGUUCAGGCAGAAGAGUUUACAACAUUUCGAAUAGGCCACAGUGAAGCUGUGAAGGAUCGGUUACAGACAUGGGUCGUCUGUAAUAUUGUAGCUCAAAACUACAAGCUUAUCAAUGUCAACAGUGUUGCCACCGGAUACGGACAACCUCCAGGGACGAUAUAUGACUGGGCGCUUGAGCCAGCGUCACUCCAGGAUGCCGGUUAUUAUCCUCCAGAAGAUUUGCGAACUCGGCUCCAGAUCGAAAAGUUCUGUGAUCGAAUCACCAAGUCUCUCUAUAACAGUAGGCCAGAUCAGGCAGAGGUUAUUGGACCUGAAAGACUCCUGACAGUACAACUAUUGGAGAACGAGCUUAGGGAUAUGGAACUUAGCUUUGGCAGAAAUAUAUCUCAUAUUAAUAUGAUACACCUCCGAGCCGCAGAACUCCAUUUACGAUACUUCAUAUUCCUGGGCUCAAACCCUAGAACGAACGACAUUACAAAGCUUUUCAUCGCAACCACCUCAUUCCUCACCCAAGUACUAGACCUCGAAACCUCCCCCGGCCAACUUAUCAGCUACGCAACAAACUACAUCCUACAGAUGAUAAUCUCAGCAGCAUUCGGUCUAAUGAAGCUCCUCAAAAGUACCUUCCGACACCAUAUCGACUUCGAAUACGGGAAGCUAUUAUUCAACGGGGCAAUAUCGGCCCUGAGAAGAAUCAGUAUCAUGGACCACGACCGCCCUGUUCGACUGGCAGAUGUGCUAGCGCAGAUGUGGAAUGCAGGUGAUCACGAGCAAUCCACCGAAGAAGAUAGUUUGCAACUUAAAGUCCGCUGUCGGAUGAGUAUGAGCCAUGUCUAUGACACGGUUUGGCGUUGGAGACACCGGUUUCGGCCCAGAAAAGACCCUUCGGAUACUCAAACUACGACCGCCAACCCGACCGAAUCAACGACGACAAUGAUCCCCGAUCAAUUCGAUGGAUCCAUGGAGAAUCCGACGAUGAUUUGUCCGCCGAAUCUGGGCCAGGGCGAUGUCUUCUUCAACGAGGCCGGGUUCGCGGAAAUCUUCGAUUCCCUUAAUUGGGUGUUUGACGAGUUUCCUGAUCCUUUCAUCGCUCCUCAGAUGGUGUAA